UCCAUAACGACUUAUUACGUUGCAACGUUGGUUUAACAAAAACAGAGAGCGAAGAGGCUGUCUAAAUGAAUUAAAUAAGUCUAUUCGAGAGUAUAUUCUGAACUUAAUGUAAUAUGCAAACGGCAGGUAACACAAAAGUGAUAAAAACCCGAGACGCAACAGAAAUGUUUCUUUAAAUUUAGCGUAUUGGUGUCGCUAAUUUUUAAUAAAUGUCGUAAAAAGUUGAACUGCAACGUGUGUUUCGCUAUAAAUUUGCUGUAAAAUCGGGAUUUCCUGAUGACAAAGACAUCUGAUUCAACAUGUGCACUGUGGAAAGAAUCAGUCAAGACGACAGAUGGACACAACGAAGAAAUAUGAAACUUCCGUUGGUUCUACUUACAUUUAUAUUGAUGCAAGGAGGCAACGCAGCGGGCGACAACUGCUGGUGGACAGGGUGUCAGCCAAAUACCUGGGAAAUCAGAGGUUGCAAUCCCGGUACGGAACAACAAGGAAUUGAGGAUUGUGAGGGUGGAAACAAAUACAAAUGCUGCCCCAACACUGACUCAAGUCAAACUACUACAGAAAGCACUUUGCCACAUACUCCUGGAUGUUGGUGGACUGGAUGUCAACCAGAUGACUGGGCUGUUAGGGGUUGCAAUUCGGAGGGCAUGGAAGAACGAAUGACCAUGGAUUGUGAAAAUGGAAAUCGAUACCAAUGUUGUCCCAUCACAAAGAAAACUACAAGCAGUUCGAUUAGUGAUAUUGAUCCCGACACCGGGCUUUCCUAUUUAAAUUUAGCGAAGUAUCUUCUCGCUAAGAAUCCAACGUUUAAUCUUGGAGAGCGGCUAUCAUGCACACUUCUGGAUCCAGAUAGAAAGUAUCUAGUCAGGUUUGGGUCGUAUGCCGUCCCCGCUUGUGAUAUGUGUCCGUCUUUCAAUCAACUCUUAUAUGAAAACCGACUCCUCCAUGAAAGUCCGAUUAGAGUGCUCUCGGACAUAAACUUUCCAGAAUGUUUCGGCACCUGUUCAGAGAACCAGUCGGAAUGUGUUGCGUUCAGCCACGAUUCCAUUGCUCGAACUUGUUACCAGUUUAAUGAAACCGUUGACGCCCGAAUGUCAGCUGAAAGUGGAUUUAGAACGGUCAUCAUGACUCAACCCACAGGAACUGUUGGCGAGUGGAAUUACAUUCGGAAUGUGAAGCUAACGGCUCCAAUCUCAAAUCAAGUUUCAUCUGAGUCAUUUCAGGAUUGUAUGUCGAACUGCGACGAGGACUCUAACUGCCGAGCAGUUUCAUACCAUUUCGACUCUCGUGCCUGUGUAAUGUGUUCGGAUUUGAAAAAUAUCGAGUCAUCGCUAGCUUCUAGCUAUGCGUCUGCAUUCAAACAGUCAUCGUUUAAAAAAGGAUCUGCAGGAGACAAUUUUAAGCUCAUGAAUGACGACCUACUUUCCGCGUCUAUCACCGAGUAUAAGACCCCAGAUGCAGGCUGCGCAAAGUACUCCAACAACUCAAUCGGAGCUUAUUACAAGCCUCAGUGUCUCUUCAACCCGAUCAAAGAUUGCAUUGUUGGGCAGCGAUGCAAGUUCUGCUACUACCCGGAACGUAGUGAUAGCAAGAAAGAUCUGGACAUUUGUCCAGACAGCAUCAUCCCGAAAGCCAAAAAUGUUCUCAGUCAGAUAGAGAAACAUCUUGCAAAGUGUCUUGAACUCGAAGACUGUAUCGCGGUGACUUUUGGGACCACAUACUUCAAUCCGAUCUUCAUAACCGAUUCAAACGUUGAAAAAGUGUCGGACUCUUCAAUCGUCUACUUGUUGAAAAAUUUCCACGGCCACUACAAUCUGAUUUUAUCGUCCAAAUUAGAGAAAUCUUCGGUGCAGGCUGGCAGUGCAGACUUUGUUCAGAUCACAAUCACAUCUUUGUCAGACUGUGUGGCAAGAUGUAACUCAGAGUCAUCAUGUAACCGAUUCUCGUACGUUAAGCGUACGCAAACAUGCUCACUCUCGUCCCCGGACGGAAUGAUAAACCACACUGACGACGGAUCUGAACAAGUAGUCGGCAUAAAAGAAAUUCCGAUAUCCUUCACCGGGAACCGUUACACAGAAAUUCCAGGCUACACGGCACAUCCCGAAGUUGAUGGGAUGUAUUUUUUGGGCAAUCAAGACUGCUCUUCCAACUGUCAUCAAUCCUGUCAAGACGCAUGCAGUUCGACGCACAACUGUUCGAUUGUCAUCAUGUCCCAGAAUGGAGACCGAAUGAUAUGUCGCUUGUACAGUUCUAAAGACCUAGUAAUGGAACCAGAAGACUUCAGCCGUAUUAUGUAUCGAGUGAACACAGUCAACAUCAAUCGUGAAUUCCUGGACGCUCUACCACUAUUUCAGUCUUCCGACGUAUUUGACUGCUUUGAAACGUCGAACCAGCAAUCGCAAACGAGCCUCGAUUUGGUGCUUCCAAUGGACGAUUCUACCGUUGAAAUUCAGCGUAGAAGAAAACGAGGUAUUUUCAGUGCUAUCGGCAAUUUCUUUAAAUCAGCCGCGGAAACCGUUGUGGAAACUGUGAAGGGUGUGGCAGAAGACAUUGGACAUACAGUAGAAGCGGCAGGGAAAUUAAUCACCGGUGACACAAAAGGCGCCUCCGAAGCUAUUCAGCAAGUUGGCAUUGUACAAGACGGUAUAAGUGCUGUAAAAUCUGUUGGCAGUCUCAUAAAAGGUGACCUGGAAGGAGCAAAGGAACAUUUUCGCGAUAUCUCUUAUGUUCAGGCAGCUGAAGGAGUCGUUGACACUGGCAAGGCGCUCAUAGAAGGUGACUGGGACAAACUUGGCGAAUCAGGUGGAGAAGCAGCUGUUGGUGUUGCUGCUAGUUUCAUUCCCGUUAUUGGCCGCGGAAAGAAGGGAAAACGUGGUGGCAAGAAGAAGAAGAAGGUGGACGAAGAGGUCAACAAAGAAAACCAUUCUAACAACAAGGACAAGCGUUCCACUGACCAUGAGGAACGACAUCGCGAAAACGAACAACAAGGCAAGACAAAGAAAUGCAAGAUACGCAAACGAUCUCGGCGCGCAGCUGGCACAAAACGACCUAGACCAUCAAAAUCUGACUGUGAUGAUGAUGAUGAUGAUUCUGACGACGACGAUGAUAACACAAAAUUCUGUCCCAAGUUAACAUUCAAGAAUCUACUCAAGAAAUCAAGGACGAACACGGCUCAAUGUAAACGACGUCGCGUGGGACAGCAUUGCGAUUUCGAGUGUGAUCCUGGCUACGACGAGAAACCGGAUCAUCGUGUCAAGUGCGAUAAGAGUGGCGGUACGUUGCGUUGGAAUCAGCAGGGAAACCGCUGUGAAGCAGAAUCGUGCUCUGUUAGAGGUGUGCACAAUUUGAUUGUUAUAUCAACUCCAAAACCUGGAGCGCCUAAUGGGAAGAAGAUGACUGCCUACGUAAUCCUGUUCAACAAAAGUCGAAAGAUUCCAACUUGGUCGGUGGCACUGCAUGACAGUAGCGAAUUCGGAUUGACGGACUUAACAGGGCUGACUGCUAGCGAAUCAGCUGGACGGCAUGCAAGUUUCUUAAAGCAUCCCUGCCCUGAGCUUGUUAGUAAUCAAGCCAACGAUCAGUCUUAUGCAAGAUCAGGUUGGGAAAAGGGUCAUCUGACGCCAGCACGUGUAAUUCGUUGGUCAUUGAAAGCCAGUCGAUCCGUGAAUCUUUAUGUGAAUGUUGCACCCCAAGAUAGCGUCACAAAUCAACAGAUCUGGGAACGGAUCGAAGAUAACGCCUUUUGCACUGGUAAAAAAUUGCGGAGCAUUGUUGCCACAGGAACGUGUUCAGCAAGCAUCGGAAGCAUUAAAAAUGGCGUCGAUAUACCUGCCUGCUUCUGGAAAAUGAUUUGUUACGUUCGUGAUGGUCAACAUCACGUGGUUGGCUUUGUGAUUCAAAACACAAAGCUGUCGUCCUCCGACAAGGCCAGUAUUGAUAGUCGGCGGGAAGAUAGCUUCAUUCCUCGUAGUCAAAGCUAUGUCAUCGCUCAUGCGGCCAUUAGUCCCACCAAGAAUCCAUUUCUCUUGUCCGCACCUGAUGUCUUAAGAAAUCGUGAGGUGUUUAGCCUUGGACCUGGCAUUGAAGGUAUUGUUUCAGUACAGCCAUUACUGUGCGCCGCUGCAUUGAGUCUAACCGCCGACGAAGAAAAACAAUGGAAAGACGGUAUGAAGGCGCAGUCAGACGCUUUGGCGAUCUCGUCGUCUUCAUCCAAGAAGAAACAGAAAUCGAAAAGGCGAAAAACUAAACGAGCUUUAAUUGGUAGCGGUAGUGCGUGCUGUUCGCCGGACGAAAUGUCCAAUUUUCUCGCUUCCCUCACCUCUACUGACGAUGAGGAUGAUGAAGAUGAUUCCGAUGAUGAAGACGACGAUGAGGAAAUUGAAUCAACCGAAUCUCUUGUGUCGUCAGCAUCGUGUGGCAAACGAAUCGUUGGUUACUUCACAUCCUGGGGAAAGUAUAAAUUUAGUCCUCGUAUGGCGCAUCGAUUGACUCACGUGAUAUUUGCGUUCCUGGAAACCCGUUCGAAUGGAGAAGUUAAAGUUGGUUGUGUGGAUCCGGAACAUAGCGAGGACUGUACAAAAGAUGAAGAACUUGCACACAAACGCCUAAAACAGCUAUUUAGUGUCACGGAACACUUUGACCAUCUGAACGUCAUGUUUGCCGUUGGUGGUUGGGAAAACUCUCAAUAUUUCAGUGCAAUCGCAGCUGACCGGGAGCGACGUAUAGUCUUCAUUGCAUCUCUAAUUCAAGUUAUCAAAGACUACGGUUUUGACGGAGUUGAUGUAGAUUGGGAAUACCCCGUGACAGGAGGUGCUCAUGAAGGUGUAACUGAAGACAAAUCGAAUUAUGUCACGCUUUUGUCCGAACUGCGAACAGCAUUGAACAAUCUUGCCAAGCUUCAAGGACGCGAUCGACCUUAUUUGAUGUCCAUUGCUGGUGCUGCAGGACAGUGGACACUUGAUCCUGGAUAUGAUAUGAAAGGUUUGAUCGAACAACUGGAUUUCAUCAAUGUUAUGACAUACGAUUACUUCGGCGCUUGGGGCAGCAAGUGGGGAGCAUUCACUGGACCUCCAGCACCAUUAUACUUUGGGAUGCCAAAAGGUUUUAGUGGAAAAACAAACGUUGCCUGGACAGUGAAGUACUAUGCGUGCCGAAGCAAACAGCCUCACAAAAUCAACAUGGGCGUUCCAUUUUAUGGCCGUUACUGGGAAAAUGUGGCCGACGUAAUCGAUCCGUCUAAUCCUAUGUGGCGAAAAGCUGAAGCUGUAUCCGGAGAAUUUAAAGGUGGAGCUUACACUUGGAGACAACUUCAGUUUAACAUAUCACAGGGUACAUUCGGCAACAUAGAAUUUAACGAACGAACUAAGUCAAAGUACGCGUACAACUCGGCUUCUCGACUUUAUCUUGGCUUGGAAGAUCCGGAAACAUUGAGAUAUAAAGUGGAUUUUGCGGUGGAAAAUAACUUAGGCGGAUUGAUGAUCUGGGCGCUCGAUCAAGAUGACGAUGGUCUUACGAUGCUGGAAACAGUUUACGAUGCCAACCUGUGUGCCAAUACAAAUCCGUCUGAUAUUCGAUUUAAGUGUUUGCCCACAGACGAGCAACUAUGGUGGACACCUGAAAACUCGGACGAAGAUCUUCAAGGCAGAUGUGGCGAAUUUGCGCCACUUAUUGGUGGCCGUUACGCGGCAUGUGAUCCAGAUGAUCCCGGAUACAGCUGCUGCAGCGAAGCAGGCUAUUGUGGCAGUGGUCCAGAUUUUUGUGAUUGUCCUGGCUGCGUGGAUCAUGGAAAGAAUCCGGACAAACUGUUUGAUCAUGCACGGAUCCCGACCGCUGACGAAUUACGAUUCCGCGAUAGUUGUAAGCCGAAUUGGGAAAACGGAUGUGAGAAGGAUGACGACUGCUGUUCGCGGAAUUGUUUUAAGGGAGAAAAGGAUGAUUGGAAGGCCGGUCUAUGCAAAGCCGGAAAAAAGACGACCUAGGAAGAACUAUAUGUUUGACAAUAAAGAAAAUAUGAUAAUUGAAAGCUCAUGUCUUGGCGUUCUCCGAGCGAAAUUUACUA